UUAACGAGGAAUUGAUUAAAAGUUAUUAAGAACUUUUUUUAAUGGUAUGGUUGAAACACGGGCUCAAAGUGCAAGAACGCCCAAUCAAACACGAUCGGUUGCAUCAGAAAUUCAGUAUAUUGGCACUCGAUCGAAAAAGAAUGUUAAAGUGGAAACACAGACAAAUGAGAUAAAAGAAGUACCUAAUGAAGUGUCCAAGCAGAAGUAUUCGACGCCAAGGUCUCGAUCAAGGGGUCGAGAAGGGUCAAUGGAUGAUAUAUUUCAAUAUUAUGAAUUUGGAGGACCAAUUGGAGUGUUUUUUAUGAUAAUUUUUUUUCCAUGUUUAAUGUAUUAUUUUUGGAUUUGUUGGGCUUUUUAUGAUGGUCAAUGGGCUUUGCCUCGAUCUAAUGAAACAUAUUUUGAAUUUGGGUCUUUGAUGAUUGGAUAUAUUGUUAAAGAUGCAUUCCCACAUCUUAAAGCAUGGAUAAUUUAUUGGGUAUUUAUGUUCGUACAAGCGAUUUUUUCAUUAACUCUUCCGGGCGUUUAUACAAAAGGGAUACCGUUGUCGCAUAAAAAUAAUGAAAAAUUACCAUAUUUUUGCAAUGCUGCAUGGUCAUUCUAUGUUUCAAUUGCAACAGUAGUAUUUCUUCAUUUUUCGGGGAUAUUUAAUUUGUAUACAUUGAUUACGGAUUUUGGUCCACUUUUAUCUGUUGCUAUUAUAUCGGGUUUUGCCGUUUCUUUUAUUGCAUAUUUUCACGCUGUUUUAACGGGAAAUAUGUAUCGUAUGUCGGGCUGUUUUAUCUAUGACUUUUUUAUGGGUGCUGCUCUUAACCCACGUAUAGGAAAGUAUUUCGAUCUUAAAAUGUUUUUUGAAGUUCGUUUACCUUGGUUCAUUCUUUUUUUCAUUUCUCUUGCUGUGGGCAUUAAGCAAUAUGAGGUUUACGGCUAUAUUACUCCUCAGGUUGCUUUCAUUAUUUUUGCCUAUUAUUUAUACGCAAAUGCUUGCGCAAAGGGUGAAGAAUUGAUUGUUACAACAUGGGAUAUGGCUUAUGAGAAAUGGGGAUUUAUGCUGAUUUUUUGGAAUAUGGCUGGUGUCCCGUUUACUUAUUGUUAUUCUGCCUUAUUCUUCACAACUCGUUCUCCCUAUCAAUAUCGUUGGUCUACUCUUUAUAAUCUUUUUUGCUAUUUCCUUCUAAUUGGCUCUUAUUAUGUUUUUGAUACUUCUAAUAGUCAAAAAAAUCGCUUUCGUCAACAACGAUACGGUUCCUUACAGAUUAGAAAGACUUUUCCUCAACUUCCUUGGCAAACUAUCGAAAAUCCUAAAUAUAUUAAAUGUGCUAAUGGUGGUACAUUAUUAACAUCUGGUUGGUGUCGAUUUGCUAGGAAAAUUCAUUAUACCGCCGAUUUUAUUCAAUCCCUCUCUUGGGCUUUAAUUACUGGCUUUUCAUCUCCAUUACCAUAUUUUUAUCCCAUUUUCUUCAUUUUCGUCUUGAUUCAUCGUGUAACAAGAGAUACUCGUCGUUGCAAAGCAAAAUAUGGUAAAGAUUGGGACGAAUAUUGUCGUCAAUGCCCUUAUCUCUUUAUUCCUUAUGUUUUUUGAUCUCUUCUCUUCUUCAUUAUUAAUCUCUGUUUUGGU